AUGACCGAGAUUGUAAUGGACCAGACACCGCCCAUUCUUCAGGGCCCCUCAGAAAAGGAACGCAAAUAUGAUCGCCAGUUGCGCCUCUGGGCAGCGAGUGGUCAAGCCGCCCUUGAAUCGGCAAACAUCCUGCUCGUAAACUCUGGCGCUGGUACAGUGGGUGUUGAGACUCUCAAGAAUCUUAUCUUGCCAGGCAUCGGGCGGUUCGUCAUUCACGAUAAUGCGCUGGUGGACGAGGCCGAUUUGGGUGUCAACUUCUUCUUGGACGAUGGCUGUUAUGGAAAACCUCGAGCACAAUGCCUGGCGAGUCUGCUUGGGGAGUUGAACCCAGAAGUUGAGGGAGACUGGUCACCAAAGACCAAGAACGACUCACUGGGGUCUCUUCUUAAGAAAUCCCCCUUAUUUACCGCCAUCAUGUACACAUAUCCCAUCAACCACGUCGAGCUGGAGCCCCUCGAACAGUACAGCAAAGAGCACAAGACGCCACUAAUAGCAGUCCACUCGACUGGCUUUUAUUCGUAUUUCACCGUCAGACUCCCCGGAACAUUCCCGAUAGUCGACACUCACCCAGACGAGACGGCAACCACAGACCUUCGACUCCUCAGCCCCUGGCCUGAGUUGGUCGAAUUUGCCAAAAAUAUGACCAAGGAUAUCGACGGCUUAGACAACUUUGAGCACGGUCACCUGCCAUACGUCGUAAUAUUGCUUCAUUACUUGGAUCAGUGGAAGGCAACACACAAUGGUGCCUACCCCUCAAAUUACAAGGAGAAGACGGAAUUCAGACAGCUAGUGCGAGACGCCGCCAGGACAGACAACCCCGAGGGUGGCGAAGAGAACUUCGACGAGGCUGCUGCUGCCGUCCUAAAAACGGUCACCUCCUCUUCUCUACCAUCAGGGCUGAAGGAGGUGUUUAAGUACGAGCACAAGGACACUAUCCAAGAGAGGCCAAUGUUCUGGAUCAUCGCGGACGCGGUCAAUGUGUUCUAUACUAAGCACGGCUCCCUGCCACUUCCGGGCAAUGUUCCGGACAUGAAGGCCCAGUCCAAGGUCUACCUCCAACUCCAGAACAUCUACAAGACCAAGGCUCGCAAGGACGCGGCCGAAGUCCUGCAGACGGCACAAGCGAUUGCGGGGGCGGGACGAGAGGUGGAUCCUGCAGAAGUCGACCUCUUCUGCAAGAACGCAGCAUUCGUCAAGCUGAUCAAUGUAGAGGGUGGAGGAGACACUGCCCCUCUUGGCAGCAAAGAGAGGCUUCAACAGGUGCUUCGAACGGAGAUGGCCAAUGACCAGAUGGCGGAAAUGACAUUACAGCCCAUGUCGCUCUUCCCAAUCUACUUGGCUAUGAGGGGUCUGGCGUAUUGUGGGAACGCAUCGGCCGACAAGACGCAGCUCGUUGAGGCCGUCAAGAGCUUGCUCUCCGAUAAUCUGUCGAACGAGGAGGAGUACGGGGACAUCAAUGAGAAGCUGGGGAAUGUGGCAGAGGACCUUGCCCGAGCCGAGUACGGCGAGCUACACAACAUCUCCGCACUCACGGGUGGUAUGGUGGCUCAGGAGAUGAUUAAGAUCAUCACCAAGCAGUACAUCCCCAUCGACAACACGUGUGUAUUCGACGGCAUCAAGAGCCGAACGCAGGUCUUCCGCGUAUGA